AAAUGCCGGGAAUGUAUGCGGACGAUGACUUUGAUUUGGCCGGUUUUGCUGUGGGAGCUGUUGAGAGACGGAGCCUUUUGCCCCGUCUCAAUGAUAUUCAAGCCAGUGAUGUAGUGAUUGGCGUCCCGUCCAGUGGUGUUCAUAGCAAUGGUUUCAGUCUCGUUAGGAAAUUGAUUUCAAUAAAAAAUGUAAAAUAUACAGAUUUAACGCCAUUUGAUAAAACGAAGACUUUUGGUGAUGUAUUACUCGCGCCGACAAAGCUGUACGUCAAACCAUUAUUGAAAGCAAUCCAAUCGGGAAAAAUCAAAGCCUUGUCACACAUUACAGGAGGCGGUCUCAUGGAAAACAUCCCCCGAACUUUACCCAAACAUUUGGCUGUUGUAUUGGAUGCGUCCAAAUGGGAAGUACAAGACAUUUAUAAGUGGAUUAAAUCCGAGGGAAAUAUUGCCGAUAGAGAAAUGCUUAAAACAUUUAACUGUGGUUUGGGAAUGAUUUGUAUAGUCAGUCAAUCAGACGCUCCAUCAGUACUCGAUAUGAUUCAUUCAAAUGGAGAGAAAGCAUAUAUUGUGGGAAAUGUGAUACAACGCAAGGAUGAAGGAGUAAUAGUAAACAACUUUCCGGUCACUCCUAAAACACAAUUACCUCUAAUAAAGAAGAAAAGAGUAGCGGUUCUG